UGUAAAGCUGCUAGAGUUUCAGUGCCUGCCUGCCUGCUGCUAAACUAAGACCAGAUGAUGGAGCAGUGCUGCUGCGUCCAAGCAGAGUACGUCAACCCCGGGAAUGAGAGCUCCUGGCGACAGCUCCAGCGUUGCGAAGACAGAAACAGGAAAUGGGGGACAGGAGGGCAUCCAGCAGGCAGCUGAAAAGGACAUAAUGGAAGAGAAGGGAUCCACGCUGGUCACAAACAGGCAGCCUUAUGCAUCAGCGCCAGAGCUGCAGUGGCACAAAGCAAGGCAGGUUUGCCCCUUCUGUCCAGCAAAACAAUCGCUUUAUUAGUCUUUACAAAAAAAAAAGUCUUCCGUAAGUAUAUACUCUACCCCAGUCCUGGCAAAACUUUUUGUUGUUGCUUUUGAAUAUCAGCGUCUUUUCAAGAUGUUUUCUAAUGUAGUUUUCUAUCAGAUAUCUAGAGUUUCUCUAUGGCUUUGCACUGGUACUUGUCAUAGUUUCCCUGUAAGCAGCCUGGAGAGGAUGGCAGAAAUGUCUCCCAGAUGAAGCUUUUGGCAAAUAUGCCAUACUGGCACACAAUUCUUUUCUUGCCAUCAUUUUCUCAGGCCAGAUAUUUGAAUAAUAUAUUUUUCUCUUGCUUUCCACAUUUUCCUCUUUAGAAAUGUCAUUGUCAAGAGCAAUUAAUUGCCAUUCUAUGCAAAUAUGAGAAAGGAAUGUUUUGCAUUUCUGUUCCUUACAGAAUUCCUCAGAGCAGCAGAGAUGGCAAGCAGGAUACUACAGAAAGAUAGGGAGACCAAGAUAAAACAGUGGCAAUUUCCCAGCCAGAGGAGCCUUCCAGCUUAGCUAGUAAUAAAGACAGAAGUCUAGACAUGUUUCUAAUAAGGCAGUAUUAACUCACCAUAAUUAUUUUACCUUAAGGUAGUGCUCAUUCAUCACCAUGGCACUGCUAUAAAUAGAAUAUCAUUGCUUCACAUUUUCCAAUAAAUCCAACAUAUUCUGAGAUUAAGUACGGCAGUGAAGUUUGUGAUUUCAAACAGUAACACAUAGCAGUUGCUAUUUACCAGAGAAAUCCCUCUUAAUGAAUGAAGUAUUAGGGUUUAGUGAUGAUUUGAGAUUCAAAAGAGACCGCAUUUUCUCCUGAAAUUGUAAUUAAUUUACUUCCAGUGUAUCUAGGUCAGUGCAGUUGUUUAGUCUACAUGGAAAGUUGACUACUGUCUAAAUUAUCCCACUCUUAAAGAAGAAAUCCACUGCAUAGCACAGAAAGCUUUUCAUUAUUGUAUCUCCUCCCAUCACAUAAUUUUACAAAGCCUGAUUGGGCAAACUUGCAGAGAAAACAAUGCCUUGUUUCCAUUUAAAUAAUCUUACUAAAACCAAAAGGAAGACUUAAAAAGCCAUUACUCCGUUAAUUAUAGCAAUUUAUUCAAAAAGGAUAUAAACGCAAACAUCUGAAAAUUUUAAAUAUAUUGAAUAUGAAUAUAUGUAUUCUGGAAUUCCAUUUAAGUUCCGUAAAGUUCAAUCUUGUGCGUUACACCUGUAGUAAAAGAUUAGGGUUUCCUUUUAGUUGUUAUGGCCUUUGUCUAGUGGUUUUGCGAGCAACAUGCAAAUGUUUGCAAUACUAUGAAAUCAUGGUAUAGACUUGCUUUAUUUGCACUGUUUCUCUUCAUCUCAUUCUCUUCAACUUCUUUGAUUCAACUCAUUGGAUGAUGAAAUCUUAAAGAUCAUGGUAAAUAUGGGCUGUGUGGUCCAAACAGGACAACAUUUAAAGACUUUAUGAGAACUGAGUGGCAUAGUUCAUCCUUUUCUUAAAGGAAUCAAAAAACAAAUAAAAGGAGUAGCUUACAAUUAUAGACAGAAGCCUUGUAGAGUAAACAAACAUGUCAUAAAAGUAGGGAAAAAAUGUGCACUUUCCAGGGUGAGAGUUGCAGAUAAGGUCCUUGUUUAGGUAGAAGAAGCUGGCGUAGCAGAGGUGCAGCAGUUUCCAUUAGUCACUUCACCAUAUAGGUGAAUUAGAUUCAGAGAUGUGGUUUGCAAUUGAUGUGGGCACCUGAAAGGGUGCAGGCUUUGUUUUGUCCACACCUGAGCUGUGCAGCCAAACUGUUGCACGGCAGGUGGUGAUAUGCUGGUGGCAUAAACCACGGCCAAUUACUUCAUACAAGAAAUACAAUGUUCCUUCAAGAAAUUGCGUUUCUCAGAGUUAAAACAGAUUCCUCUGAGAUCUGGCUGAAGUCGUUCUCCAGGAUCUUACUAACACCAUGAUCUAAAGGCCAUCUCAAAGGGUUUCUUGUUCCAGGACCCCUUUGAUCCUGAUCCCCUUUUCAGAGAACUACAGAGCUGGAAACCCAUUUAAACUUUUCAUUUGGAACAGCAGUACUCAGCUGAACUGACAUCAAAGUAAAUUGGCAAAUUGGCUGUGCAUUUGUAUGCAGUGCUUUCACAUGUGGGUCACUCAGGGAAAUAGCGUGGCCUUGCUCAGCAGGCUCCUAGAGGCUGCCACACUGCUAUGCUGUGCUGACAGUAAUUUAGAUGUAUUGUGCUUCUGGGUCCUCCUUAUUCUCCUGCUCCCAAAAGACAUGAUUGCCAGUGGAAAAAUAUUCAAAACCAUUUUUUUGAAGGUGACUUGAGACUUCAAAAGCUCCUCAUUGCCAAGCUGCUCGGCUGCUUGCUUUUCUAAGGAAGUCAGCAGAGACCAGUGCUAUAGAAUAAGUAGCAGGUAGGCAUAACGAGAUCAUUGCCUGCAAUAAAUGCUAUACAGGCAGAAGAAAUGCUUAGGCAUGUAUGUAAUAAAAUCCUAUAACUCGGACAGGGAAUUAGUAGAAAUAAAUAGAGUGGUAAAAAGAGAACAACGGACAAAUGCAUAAGUGGAAAGGUGGAUCCUGUUAAAAUUUCUGCCUCUAAUCUAUCUGUACCUGGGUUAUUUGUCACUUGGUAUAAAUGUACAUGUUACUUAAUAUAUUGUCUGUGUAUCAGAUUUAAGUAACAUUUUGGACUGUAUUGCAUAAAUGAUAUUAUGGUUUUACUUGUAUCAUCAGUGUUUUAGCAUUCCUGCUUGGAUGUCAUACUGCAGUUUGUCAACCACAUGACUUUCUUCCAUCAUUUGUUUUGUCAUCAGUGAAAAUUAAUUUUCUUGUGUCCUGCCCUCCUUAUCACUUUUAGAGAAACAGACAACAUCUGCUGUGUAGUGACUCACUGAAAGAAAAUGAACAUUCCCUCUUAUAGCAAGGUGACAUUAGCAACAAUAAAUCUUCCCAUGACCUAUCAUUUAGUAGUCUAUCAUUUUAGUAGUCAUUUAUAGUAUCUGUCAUUUAGUAGUCAUUUCACAGUUAUGUAUGAAGAGCUGUGAAGUCUCCUAUGAUUAUCUAAACACAGGUUAGAAAACAUUGGGGGAAACAGAUGAUUGUUUUUAAGGGCUCCUCUUGUAUAUAUGGAGGUGCUAGGGUUCUAUUCCACAUCUUUCAGAAUUAUUUCUGCAUUUACACAUGCUAUUUAAACUAAUACAUUAAAAUUAGGCUUUAAAAAUAAUGGGUAUGUUUUAAAAAAUUCUGGAAACCUACAGCUCUUAUUGAGGUCAAUGAAAACUUUGGGGUACAAGGCUUUUCGAAAAGAUUACGAAUGUCUUCAGGCUUUAGUGGAAAGGGGCUCUAGAGUGCAGCCAUUGCUUGUCUGCUGCAGCAAUUACUAACAGAAAAAAGUCUGUGCCAGGUCACAGGGAGUACUUUUUCUGUUCUAAUAUAUACAUCAAUUUGCAUUGAAGAUUCUAUUCAAACUACUAGUCAUGUAAAUGUUAUUCGGACUAUAUGAGGUAAGUGACUAACAGAAUAACAGUCAUUAUUAUACUGGAGCUGCAAAACCCCCGUUUGAUGGGAUGUGACCAAAAAGUACUUGAGAGCUAAGGAGCUCUGUCAUAAUAAACAAACAAACCCGUUUUUGCAUCUCUCAUUGUAUCAACACAUCUUUGGCUCGCUCUCUUUAGAAAAAUCUAGUGUUUCAGAAUCCUGGCUUCAAAAAAUCAUGUUAACUUCCAUAUUUCUGGCAACUUUUAAGACCAGUUACAAUUCAUUACCAAAUAUUUUUCAAAUGCUAAGACACAUUUUAUAGAAAUGAAACAACUUUGAUAUUUGAGUAGCAGUGCUAUCAAAGACUAAUGACAACAGCUAGUUGUUUAGUUGCUGCUAUAAACUAGUUGCAUUGUGGAGGGGGUUAAAAAAUACAUAUAUUUGGGUUUAUUCUACAAUGUUGGGUAAUUGUGCAUAUCAUUUAUAAAAGGCAAAACUUCAGCAAUGUUGCCCUUGCAUUCAAGAGUCAGAUCUAGAGGAGGCACUGAGGAGGAAGAGCUUGUUCUGCCUAACUGCCCAUCUGCUACAUAGCAACCUCUGGAUGCAUCUCAAACAAGGGAGUAAAGCUUGGAGUGUUUCUCUAAACAGGCUCAACCUGCAAAAUGGCAUCUGCCCUGUGACAAGCUGUGAAUCUAUUCCAAAACCAUUCAGAACCCUAAAACUGCUUUUGAAACAGAAGAUAAAUGAAAACAUAAAAGGAAGUUAUUUGUACCAUUUGCAUGACAAAGUGAAUAUGAGAGAGCUGGUAAAAUAUUAGUGGAAAGUAGGUAAUACAAAAUACUGCACUAGAGUUAUUGUAGGUCCUUCAUUUCUGUGCAAAUGUUAGAUGUUUGAUUUGUUGUUUAGUUCAACAUUAUCACUGGUAUGUGUUUAAUCCACAGUCCAAAAAGUCGAUAGGAAGCUCUACAGUGUCUCAACUGUUGGUAAGAGCUCACCUAACUGUUAAAGCCACAGAAGUCCUUCCCUCUGUUUGGAUAAUAAUUUGGCGGUGUAAUAGCUGGAGGGUGGGUUCAUUUGUAUACAUUCUUCAUUAUCUCCAACAGUUCAAAGCCACCUGGUUUACUAAUGCCUCUGUUGAUAUUGCUUUAGCACGACUUGUUUGCGUUUGACCUAAUAUUCAAAUUUAGUCCAGAAUUAGUGCAGAAGUGUGUGAAGUUUGUGCAAAUCAAAUCCAGUUAUCAUUCUUCUCUGCAGCCAUCACUGAGUUCAAAGCUGUGGACUGAGAUGUAAGCACAGUCCCUCAGGUAUGUGGACAUGCUUUUUUUUUGUACCCAUAUUAGAGAUAUUUUGCCAGGUAGUGAUGGGAAGGAAGAGUUAAGAGGGGAAGGAGAUCCUGGGUGUAGAAAGAAGUCUUUGGUGAAGUUGUGCUUAUUGUUUGCAUGUGUAUCUAACUGGUAAUAAUACUUAGCUGUUUUCUUGUUGAAAGUUAAGAUGACAUAAGUGUGUCAUGGUGUGUAGGAAAAGAUUUUGACACAGCUGACUAAAAGACAUGUGAAAUGUGAAUUUCUUAAUUGCUUAUAGUCACUAAAAAGCACAACUGAUGUGCCAGUGUGGUACAUCAAUUCAGACUGUGCAGACGUGCUACACUGUAUUGCAACACCUCUAAACCUGAGAUGUUCAUUUCUAUGUUUCAUGUCUAAACGAGCGCAGGAGGUCAGUGGAAGUGCUUUGGUAGAGGCAAAAAAAAAAAUCCUUCUAUUCCUUUACCAAAAAUUGUUAAAAAUUGAUCCUUGAUUAGAAAUGUAACUACGUAGAGUAAACCUAUGUACAGGUGGUGUUGCUGUUGAACCUUAAAUACUUUAAGGACUUCUCAAAAACAAUUGUUUAUUCCCCUGUUUAGCAAAAGCUUCAUCAGGCAUAAACUGUCAGUAUCCCAACAUUACAAGGCUUAGCUGCUCACAGAAAUAUUGGAAUAUAUGCCGAAGGAAACAUAUGGCUUUGCAACUCGGGGAGGGAGUUAUUUAGUAAUAGAAUUUUAUUUAGAGAUUGCUCAUUAAUUCUUUAAAUCAGCUUUUGGUUACAUGUAUUUACUUAAGUUUAUACAACAUAAAUUGCAUACAACUACUGCUCAAAUUAUUCAUUAUGAAUAAUGUAUUCGAACAAAUACAGGCCUUUAAUGUGUUUGCAGCUGAUUUGUAGUCAGUUCAUAAUUUUUAUGUCUGCGCUCAUUUUUUCAAGUUGUUUACUAGUUUAGGUUAGAAGUGGGAUUUUACAUAGCUCCAAGUAUUUUCUAUGCAGUUUUCAGUCUGUAUGAUUUAUUGCCACAGGUGCUUUUUUCUCCCUCCUUGACAGUCUCUGUUAGUCCAGCUGCCUAACAGCCUCCUGAAACAUUUACUGUGCAGGUAAUGGAAAAAGAAGUGUAAACUGCUGAAAAAGAAAGUUAUUCUGCUUCAAAUCUUUUUCUGCAAAGAUUAGUUCAUGCAAUGGCUGCACUAUCAUCUAAUAAACUCUUGUGCAUUCCUCUUAUAUGAAAAUGCCAUGUGUCCAAAUAUUCAUGACUUAAUAAUCAUAUGCAUAGUUUGGCAUAGUUCAUAUCAAAGAAGUAGAAUGAACUGUGAGAAAUGUCCCAGAACAAAAUGCUUUUAUUAAAAAGUCAUGUUUUCUGAAACAGGAAUGUUUCUUUCAGAUCCGUUUCUGAGAAAUGGCUGGAAGCCCUGCUGAUUCUGGACCCGGGCAUCCUGGUGCAGCCCUGCUCAUCCUCACCCUCAUGAUGGACCUUUUGAGCCCGAAUGGACCCAGGUAGUUCUCCUGAUUCUUAUAACGGACUGGUUUCAAAUCAUGGUAGUGGAAGUUUCUGCUCACUGCUCAACCCCUUGUUCAUUUAAUCAAUGAGUGCUAGCUGUACGCUGUGCUGGGGAAAGAGCUGUGAUUAACGUAGCACAUGCUUUGUCCUGGAGUGAUACAGACUUGCAGUAAUGCCACUUCAGCAAUCAAGAGCAAUCAAGUCAUAACGCGCAGCCAGGGAGAGCUGAGCAUGGGAGCACUGUCUAAGGUAAGAGCUCACGGUUCUAGCUCCCUGAUGUGCGUCUGAUGCAUGCCCUCGUCUUCGGCUGGGCUCAGGUCUGGGGCUGUGCAGCUACAAGUGCAGUUCCUUUGAAAGCUGUGCAGCUCUUCAAAGCUUUCACAUGAACUUCUGAAGAUCUUAGACAGAAACGUGCUCUGCUACUUUUAUCUGUGCUUUGCUUAGUACUGUCGUGGCUGUCUUUACUUACACUUGAAAGUUAUUUUCCAGUGCAAUUUUUGUCUCCUACUGGAGAGCUAAGCCACUUCUAACAUGACUAGCUAAAAAAACAAAAAAAAAGUGCCUGUAAGGGUGCUGCCUAUUAAUAUGCCUUGUAAUUAGUAUGCUCUGGAUCCAUGGUCAAAAGGCAGAAUUCCAGUUAACUUCUUUGGCUCGUGGGAGCUCCUCACAACGUGAGCUGGGGGAAAAGCCAAAUGGUAGGGGGCUCUCAGCUCUGUUCCCCAGCCCUGAGAAAAAUGACUCAUGGAUCACUUUCCGUGGAUCAGUGGCCAUGAUCCUCCGCUAGGAGACUUUGUUGCCAGGACAACCGUUGCCAAGACAGACUGGUUUUCCUUGGGAACAAUUUCACUGUGUGAUUUCUAUACAGCAAACCUCCAGUAUUUACUGUUAGACCCAUGCGAGAAGCUCUUGGAGUUUCCAGGUGGAAACUGAGAAACAGUAGGAAGGGCAAGUGACUCUAACCACCAAGAGGGAGCUUGCAAUCUCACGUGGAUCUGCACAAAGUUCACGGUCUCUCUGAAUGUGCAUGCACUCUGCAAAUAUGGGCCCCAAAACCCAGCGUUAUGAGCCUCUUCAGGCCACAAUAUCAAAAGGAAUUCCAAAGCUUACAAUUCUCUUCAGCAACAGUUAGUUGGGAAUAGAUGAGGUCCUUAGGGAUGUUCUGUAUUUUAGUGCAUAGCUAUAAAAGUUUUCAUGAUUUAGUACAGAGGCUGUGAUCAGCACCUUGCGUGUGCUGAAAGCAGCAGAUUCCACCACCUCACCCUGUCUGUGAAAAGCAUGUGCUUUGUAGAAUUACUGGCAUGCCUUCAAAAGAGGACCCUGUUCUCUUUGAAAUUGCUUGUAAUUUUGUAAUUUUAUAUCACCUGAAAGAUUGCCUUUGGUUCACUUUAUUAAAAGUAUAGUGUUACUAUAUGCAAAGUCAAUAAUCCUUUUUGAUACAGAGGUUCCUAAAGUUUAUGAUUCAAAACUUUACCAGUCUGGUAUUGGUUUCCAAUUUUUGCAUUAAAUGAUUCUGGUUUAAGGAGAAAGUUUGAUUAUGGUAUAAUAUUAGAUGAUAUUCAAGUCAGUGGAUGUAAAGUAGUUAAAUGAAUAAGCUACUCUCCCGAGUACAUAUGCAUAUUUAACACUCUUGUUGCUGUCCACCAGAGGUCACUUCCUGGCCACUUUAUUCAUUAUCGGCUGUGCUUUCAGUUGAGUGGUUAGCCUCUCUUGUUCUCCCUUGUCGUAGACUUCUGGAUCAGCUGUGCAAAUGCAAGUCCUGAAAAUCCUGCUAAUGACUGACUCGUUUCUAGAAUCAUUAAAAGACAGAAAGGCAAUAUCCUGCUGAAACAGGAAAAGUAUUUAAUUGAUCCCAUAAUCACACCUAAGACACAUCCCUGAGUGUCUAAUCUCAGUAACUACCCCAUGCUUUGCAAGCUUUACUGUGCAUAUUAAAGAAUUUUCAGUACAACCAGACACUAUUGUGUGCUAGCAAAUCUAUGUGAAAUUUAUAUCUGGAUUUUUAUCUAAAUUGUCACAAAAUCUUUCUCAAUGUGCACUUAAAUUGAGAAGUAAAAUGUAUUUACGGCUUCUGAUACUUCAACAGUAUGUGAGUUUCAUCUGUCAUGUGCUUGGAGAGGCCUGUGUUUGACAAGUUUUUCAGUACAGAGAAAAACGUCCAGAAUUCUUUACUUGACUUAUCAAUUAACAAACUGAGCAACUCAUCUUACAGGAGUGCCGUUCUACAUCGUCUUUUGUAAGUAAAGUGAAAAUCUGGAAAUUAGACAUGAUAUUUUAUGAGCUCUAAAAGCGUGGAUGCUUUUUAGCUCAGGUAGAUGGAAGCUCAAGCAGCUAAUAUUCAAAAGAAAAGGAGGAACUCAGUAUGUGUGUUCUUAGCAAUCUCUUCCCUGUGUGAGGAGAUGCUAUGUGAAUUGUGAACUUUGUCUGAAACCUCAAACACACCUGAACUUCCUCUAAGUGAAGAAAAUUGUUUGUUUUUGUCUGGUCUGCUUCAGAUUCAUCUUACUGUCUUACUGCUUCUCUAAAGACUAUGUUCAGUCUUGCUAACUUUGAACUAUAGACCAGCAUCUCUAUAGAGUCUGGUUUUAAUUUAAAAAAAAAAAAAAAAAAAAAAAAACACAAAAAAACCACAGAAAUAGUUUUUGGUUUAUAAGCAUAGGUCCAGACUAAAAUGCAAUCAUUUAAAGUUUAAGGGAGGAGGAGUUGCUAUCAGUUUUGUACCUAGUUUCCUGGCUACUUGGCCCAUGAUAGAAAAAUAAAUAAAGGAAUACCUGGUUAUCAUUAACACUCACUGGAAACUUGCUGGGAACGACUUGUUUAGGUCUCUAUUUUUAUAGACAGACUCCAGUAACAUGAACUCAGACUUUUCUACAUGUUGAUGCUUAUACUAACUGCUACAGUGAAUAAAGGGUGAGACUAUAAUUUUAAUCACAAUAUUAUUCCAAUUCCUACUUAUCUGCGUUAAUUGCUGUGGCAUUGUUCCUAGUGUGUCCUGCUAUAGAAAUUUCCAUCUCUCAUGACAAUUGAUAAUUUUACCUUGCUCUUAAUACAUAGAGUGGGCACAGAACAUCCAAAGAUUUUACCAUUAGUGAGGAAUGACUCGAGGUGGUGGACCAACACAGGAAACAACUAUUCAUCCACAUAGUCUUUGGGGCUGGCUGACAAGUGAAAAGAAAUAGACUAAGAGCUUCAGCUUUGCUCCAUCCUUCUUGCUGUGCAGAAGUACGGAUGCAUGGUAGGUUACGCAGGCAAGGGAUAAAUCACUACUAAUUCAGAAGACAAAGACCCUGCACAGGACAGCUUCCACAUUACAUCUUUCUAAGGGCUUUAAUUAAGCUCUCUGUAUGAGCACCUAUUAAGACUUGUGCUCCAUAAUACCUGGUCUGAGGUUUUUCUGAAACAAGGUUAUUCCUAGGGUCUUGUUCUUCAGAACUCUUUAAUCCUGCCUCUAGUUUUCUCCAUGAAAAGUUUGAAAUACUUUUUAAGCUCCUGGUUUGGAGAUAAGAGCACGCUGUUGGUCUGACAUCAAAGUGAAUCAAUGAGCUGGCUGUGCGUUUCUAUCCACUGCUUUAGCCAUAUAUUCCUUUGCAAGCCUCUAGAAGCUGUCACCCUGCUAUGCUGUGAUGAAAAUAAUUGGAUAUAGCUCCCACUUCUGUUAUUCCCAUAUGAUAUUGCUGCUGGUGAAGAGUACUCAAAACUGAUGGCUCCAAAGUCAACUUUAAACUUCAAAAGCCAAGUGUUCUCACGUGCUGGGCUGUUUGCUUCUCCAAGGACAUUUGCAGAGAGCAGCACCAUACAUCAAAGUGCAGACAGACAUAAGAAAAGACCAUUCCCACAAAGAGUGAUAUACAGAAAGAAGAUACAUUCAAGCAUCUAAAUAGUGAGGAACUGAGUACUCAAAUAAUUCUGGAGGAAGGGAAGUCUGUAUACAAAUAAGGCGAUAGAAAAUGAAAUGACAAAUUCCAUGAAGAAAACCUUCUAAUAAUUUUGAAUAAUGAACCGCUUGCCCUUACGAUUUUUAUUUGUCACUAAAUGCAGGAAUUUACAAUAGUCCCGUAGGCUUGGAUAGUGCAUAAACAUGCUGUUGUGCUACAGCUUAGUAACAUUUCUACUGUGUGAUAAACUACAGUUCAAAAAGAUGCUUCACAUGAUACUGUUUGUUGUUCUCAGCAGGUGAGAACUGGGAGCAGGGAAAUUGCUAAGAACCCUAUCUACCACAUGCUUCCACUUCUGCAGGCAAGGAACCUUCAGAGAAUUUCAACAGGGAAAAAUAAACCAGAAAAAUAAAACAGAUGUUUUCAUGGGUUACAAGGUGACAACAUGAACCUUGGAUGUCACGUGUUGACAGCAAAUGGGUACCACAUUCAGGCUCUUAGCCAAAAUAGCAAAGGUUGGUAUGGAAAUUCCAGCUUUCUAUUUAAAGAAAUUCAUCUCUAAUUCCAAAUUCCUGUUUAAUGGUGUUGGGUCUACAAUGAUUUUAGCAAAUCACAUCUGAAAAACAGCACUGCUCUGAUUUGAUGUUUUCAUUUUAUUUUUACUGACACUAAAUUUAUUCUAGCUCCUGAACAGAAAAGAUAGAGAUGCAGCCUGACAGGCUACAACAUCUGUAUCUGACUUGAUCACAUCGGAGAAUAUCAGCCCCAGAAACGGGACCUUAGGAACAAAAUCACUCCUGCCACUGCUGCAGGUAUGGAGAUUUUGAUUUGAUUUUUGCAGCUGGAGAUGUCAAACAGGGUUUCCUCACACAAGGUAAGGAAGUUCUCUGCAAGCAGAGGUGCCAGAGAUAUCUCUUCCUCAAAACUGUAUUUUGUUACUCAUUUUGCAGAGCUACCCAUGGCAAUACCCCCCAGACACACUAUUUUUGCUACAGUAUGUUUCAUGUCUACACAAUAGUACCAUAAUUGGAUGGACAUGCAAGCUCUACUGAGAAUUAUAGCCUCAUUACCAAUUUGAAAAUUAAACCAUUGACUGAAUAAAGGGGAAACAUCUUGCAGUCAAAAUGUUUGGUACCUGCAGGUAUUCUGAUUUUUUGUUGGUUGGUUGGUUGUACUGUGACACAGUCAAUAUCUCUCCAAGGCCAUGCAAAGAUCAAAGGGCUUAAUCCCAGAAUGUCGUAUGCAAUAACAUGUAAAUAGGGUGGUAAGGUUGAAGUAGGCAAUCACUAAUGUUGUGCAAGACAGAGAUAAGCCAGUAAGCCACCUCUUCCCAAAAUAAAGCACAAAAUUACAGCUUUUAGUAGAAAUGUAAGGGAUUUUUUUCCUCUUGGCAGGCUUGUCCCCAAGAUAAAAAUCCAGCAAGUGUCUUUUCCAAUUCUUCUCUACUACGUUCUGUCACGCUGGCUGUCAGGAAAGCCAACAGAGUGAUAAGAGUUUCACUGUGUACUGAUCAGGUAAAGGUGCUGAUCUGUGGACCUAGCAAUGACUCUCCUUCAGCCUUUCAGUGCCCUGGUACUUUGGAUUUCACUGAUGAUGUUAACGAGUUCAGUUAACACAGAUAAACCUGAAGAGAAUAGGUAUUCCUGCCCAGUAAUUCAGUGCAGUGCUCCUGCGGUCAAUGGUUUACCAGGCAGAGAUGGAAGAGAUGGUCCCAAAGGUGAAAAGGGAGACCCAGGAGAAGGAUUGAGAGGUCUGCAGGGUUUUCCUGGAAAAGCAGGACCUCCUGGAAUGAAAGGAGAUGUAGGACCACGAGGAGAGAAAGGACAAAAAGGAGAACAAGGAAUUGUAGCAACCGAUGGCCUGCAGAGACAAGUAACUGCUUUGGAAACAAAACUCAAGGUUUUGGAAGAUGAAUUAAAUAGAUACAAAAAUGCUUUGAUUUUAAAGAACAUCAGAAGCAUUGGUAAAAAAAUGUUUGUCUCAACUGGAAACCAAGAUACUUUUGAAAAUGGAAAAUCCCUUUGUGCGAGAGCUGGAAGUACACUUGCUUCUCCUAGGAAUGAUGCUGAAAAUACAGUUUUAAAAGACUUACUGAGACCUGCAAGGCAAGCUCAUAUAGGGAUAUCUGAUGCACAGACUGAGGGCAGGUUUGUGUACCUGAGUGGAGGGGCUGUAACUUACUCAAAAUGGAAUACUGGAGAACCAAAUAAUCUAAGAAAUGAAGAUUGUGUGGUAAUACAAGAAUCUGGAAAAUGGAAUGAUGUGGACUGUUCAAAUACACAGGCCUUAAUUAUCUGUGAAUUCUUGAGCUGACAAAUCUAGGAAAAUCAACAUUUUUGUUCUCAGUUGAUACAGAAGUUGGUUGAUAUAGAAGUUUGUUACCAUUUAUGGCCUGGAAAAAUCAAAACCUGCAUGUAUUUAUAAUCAUUUUCUUUUUGACAUUCAGUUUUGAAUCUACUAAUGAAAUAGACCUGUUUGUUCAAUCACUAUGAAUUAAUUUGUGCUUACCACAUAGGCUGCUGGGGAUCUUACGUUCAUAUAGGCUUCUGGAGGGCUGAACUCCACAUCAGCUCUAAUAUGAUCCCCUGGACAGGGUGCCUACUAACAUUUGAAAUGUGUUUUCCAGUUCGUGGCCUAGCACAGUCUGACCUGUUAGCUUAACCUGUACUUCAUGAGUUGUUGAACUUAAAAUGUGAGCCAAAAUAAAUUUUACACAUGUGAA